AUGGCGGCCACCAACAAAGAUGCCGAGAAAGCCGUCAAUGUCUCGGAUCAGGACGAAAAGAGUCAGCAACAACCACUUGAUAUCGAGACCAAGACAGCCAAGGAUGAGAACCACCAUGGAUCCCGCAAGUUCUCUCUGGAUACGACAGAUGCUCUGACUCCUGAUCGCGGCACCGAAGACAUGUUUAACACGAAAGAUAACAACAAAUUCGCUUUCGCCCCCGGUCAUUUGAGCAAGCUCUUGAACCCAAAAAGUCACAACGCCUUUUAUGCUCUCGGGGGCCUUGCUGGUCUAGAGAAGGGUCUGCAAACCAAUCGCAAGACCGGCUUGGGUGUUGAUGAAGACAAAUUGGAUCACGCCGUUUCGUUCGAAGAGGUGGCCCUCAAAGGCGUGCCCAAGUACGGAGCAGCUGGAAACACAGUCCCCCAGCCUGACCCAAAAGCGAAGAAUGAUAUCCCCAUCCCACCUCCACCAAGCGAGUACACCGGUGGCUUUUCGGAUCGUAAGCAUGCGUUUCGAGAUAACAAGCUACCUGACAAGAAGCAAAAGUCAUUUCUACAGAUGGUGUGGAUCGCCUACAACGACAAGGUGUUGAUUUUGUUGUCGAUUGCCGCCAUUGUCUCUCUUGCGCUUGGCUUAUACGAGACUUUUGGACAAAGCCAUGCACCGGGCGAAGCUCGAGUCGAGUGGGUUGAGGGUGUUGCCAUUAUGGUUGCCAUUGUUAUCGUUGUCAUGGUUGGCUCGAUCAACGAUUGGCGAAUGCAGCAAAAGUUCAACACUCUCAACAAAAAGAAUGACGAUCGCACUGUCAAGGUCAUCCGUUCUGGCAAGUCGGUGGAAAUAUCUGUCUACGACAUUGUGGUUGGCGAUGUCGUUCAUCUCUCAACAGGCGACAUGGUACCAGUUGACGGCAUCUUCAUUGAAGGUCAUGGGGUCAAGUGCGACGAGUCAUCGGCUACAGGCGAGUCUGAUCUGCUCAAAAAGGUCGGCGCCGACGAAGUCUACGAGGCUCUUGACAAGAUGGCAAAAGACAAUGUCGAUCAUCCUGAUAUCGAGAAAAUGGACCCCUUCAUCAUCUCCGGCAGCAAGAUUCAAGAAGGCACUGGUACUUUCUUGGCCACUGCAGUUGGUGUCAAUUCUUCAUAUGGCCGUAUCACCAUGUCUCUCAGAACCGAGCAAGAAGAUACCCCAUUGCAGAGAAAGCUCAACAUUCUUGCAGAUUGGAUUGCGAAAGCUGGUUUUGCCGCAGCUUUGCUGUUGUUCAUUGUCCUUUUCAUCAAGUUCUGCGUUGGACUUCCCACAAAUAAUGGUACUCCUGAGCAGAAGGGUCAGCAAUUCCUAAAGCUCUUCAUCGUCUCUGUUACCGUUGUCGUUGUGGCUGUUCCCGAGGGACUGCCUCUAGCUGUUACUUUAGCGCUAUCUUUUGCAACAUCACGUAUGAUGAAAGACAAUAAUUUGGUGAGAGUUCUCAAGGCUUGCGAGACAAUGGGCAACGCAACCACCAUUUGCUCAGACAAGACGGGAACCCUCACGCAAAACAAGAUGUCAGUUGUUGCCACGACCCUAGGUAAGAGUAUCAGUUUUGGCGGUACCGAUGCUCCUCUUGAGUCCUCAAGAGAAGAGAAGCCCAAGAACAGUACGUCGCCUUCCGACGAAACCCACGUCAACUCGGUUCGCAAUGUUUCAGCUGGAGAUUUUGCCAAAGACCUGAGCUCCGAGACAAAGCAACUCCUCAUUCAAGGCAAUGCUGUCAACUCCACUGCGUUCGAGGGAGACCAAGAAGGAGAGCACACUUUCAUCGGGUCCAAGACUGAAGUUGCCCUUCUCACUUUCAGCCGGGAUCAACUAGGAGCCGGACCUGUCGAAGAGGAGCGAUCAAACGCAAACGUGGUUCAAGUUGUCCCCUUCGAUUCGGCAGUCAAGUACAUGGCUACUGUUGUCAAACUCUCGAACGGUAAAUACAGGGCUUACGUCAAGGGAGCCUCUGAGAUUCUCCUCGGAAAAUGCACCAAGGUGUUGGACAACCCAAGUGGUUCCGAGCUCAACGUGGUCGACUUGACUUCGGAGGACAAGGAUAUGUUCGCGCAAACAAUUGACUCGUACGCUGGCCAAACCCUUCGCACAAUUGGCUCUUCCUUCCGAGACUUCGACUCCUGGCCACCAAAGGAAGCCGUCUCCGAGGAGGACUCGAGGAGUGCAGAUUUUGACAAGAUUCACCAAGACAUGACCCUCAUUGCGAUUUACGGUAUCAAAGAUCCCUUGAGACCUUCCGUCAUCGAUGCUAUCAAGGACUGCAAUCGCGCCGGUGUAGUGGUCCGCAUGGUCACUGGAGACAACAUCUUGACGGCAAGAGCAAUCGCCAAUGAAUGUGGCAUCUAUCACCCCGAAGAUGGUGGCAUUGCCAUGGAAGGUCCGACUUUCCGCAGGAAGACUGAGGAAGAGCUCAAGGACAUUGUUCCCAAACUACAAGUUCUUGCGCGUUCCAGUCCAGAAGACAAGAGAAUUCUUGUCCGAACUCUCAAAGAUCUUGGUGAGACGGUUGCUGUGACUGGAGAUGGCACGAAUGACGCACCCGCGCUGAAGCUCUCAGAUAUUGGUUUUUCCAUGGGCAUUGCUGGCACCGAAGUUGCGAAAGAAGCAUCUGGUAUCAUUCUGAUGGAUGACAACUUUGCUUCAAUCGUCAAGGCCCUGAUGUGGGGAAGAGCUGUGAAUGACUCUGUAAAGAAGUUCUUGCAGUUCCAACUGACCGUGAACGUUACCGCUGUUGUUUUGACAUUUGUCUCUGCAGUCGCCAGCCCUACACAGGAGUCGGUUCUCAACGCCGUCCAACUGCUCUGGGUCAACUUGAUCAUGGACACAUUUGCCGCGCUCGCGCUUGCCACGGACCCGCCGACUCGCAGUGUCCUGGACCGCAAGCCUGACCGAAAGUCUGCGUCACUUAUCACGCUGAGGAUGGCCAAGAUGAUUAUGGGACAAGCAAUUUUGCAGCUCGUGAUCACCUUUGUCUUGAACUUUGCUGGACGCAGCCUUUUGGGCUAUGGCACAUCCGAAGAUGAUACCAAGAGUCUGAAUACCCUCGUUUUCAACACAUUUGUUUGGUUGCAGAUUUUCAACGAACUGAACAAUCGCCGCCUAGAUAACAGGUUCAACAUUUUCGAAAACAUCACCAAGAACUACUUCUUCAUCGGAAUCAACCUGAUCAUGAUUGGUGGUCAGGUUCUCAUCAUUUUCAAGGGAGGUGAGGCAUUCCAGAUCCAUGCUCUAAAUGGCAAAGAAUGGGGUCUCUCUAUCGGCCUCGGCGCCAUCUCUCUUCCUUGGGGAGCUUUCAUCCGUCUCAUUCCCGACGCGUGGGUGGCUUCAUGUCUGCCAUGGUUCAUCCGCAAGAAGUGGGCGCCUGAUACGAUUUCGGAGAAGCGUCUCGAGGAGCAUCGCAAGUUUACUGGCGGUCUCGAACCUCCUCUGCGGACACACACUGGACUCAGAGGCCGCAGAGCGCAGGAGCACAUGCCGUUCCGCCAGCGGAUGCACAAUGUGAAGGUCCAUGCCAAGGCGAAGAUUGGCGGCCAUGAUCACAGCGUUUCGCUUAUCAAGGAGGGUUAA